AUGAGCAUUGAUAUCUAUGAUAUGGUGGCAAAACUAUAUUAUCUCCUCCCUAUCGCCCUCAACGUCCCCGCAAACCGCCUCCUCGUCGCAUACACAAAAGCCAUCAUCAUGACCGCAACCACCACCAUAACCAUCACCGCUCCCGCACUACUUCUCUGA